CGCAUCGGUUGUCGAUACUUAUAUAAGAAGAUAGAUCUUAGCAAGUUAUCGCUUUCACACGCAAUCCUAGUUGGAAUACAGCUGAGUUGAGAUUUUUUUAAUAAAAAGUAGUUAUAAAUCAGUAUGUCCCGUAAAUUGUCAGUCGGAUCGAUUGAAAAUUGCAAAAGUGAUUUUGGAGAAACAACAAAAGUGGAAAAUGAAGUUCGACAUCAUGCUAGUUUUUAUAUAGAUGAAAUAUUAAACAACCGAGAAAAAUCAACCCCGUUACGGCAAACUAUAUCCCCGCCUAUGCUUCCUGUUUUUCUACCUCAAACUCUACCGGUAAAUCCUAAUUCGAAGUUGAAUGAACUGUUCAACGGAUUCAGAAACAAUACAAUGAUGAAAGUAUUGCCAAUUGUAUCUCAGAGUUCGCAAGAACACCAAGAGAGUUUCUGGAACCAAAGUAAGAGACGUAGAAUCAGAACUAAUUUUAAUAGUUGGCAACUCGAAGAAUUAGAAAAAUCAUUCAAAACGUCUCAUUAUCCGGAUAUUUAUGUCAGAGAAGCAAUUGCUCAUCGUCUUGAUUUGAUGGAAUCUCGUGUACAGGUGUGGUUUCAAAACAGACGAGCUAAGUGGCGAAAAAGUGAAAACACGAAGAAGGGGCCCGGGAGGCCUCCCCACAAUGCAAAACCAACGACUUGCUCAGGAGAACCCAUGGACCCACUGGAAAUUGAAAAGCGUGAAAAGGCACGACUAGAGAAACGGCGGAAUCGGAAACAUACAGGGAAAUCUGUAGAUGAUACACUGAAAAUCCAAGAUGUACAGUCACAUACAGCAGCAGAGCAAGCCAAAAACAUACCAUCGUUUCCUCUGACAAACUUGCAACCGUUUUUCAACAGGCAGGUAGCCCCGAAUUUUGGCUCCACUACGCCUGUGUUCCCGGACGUUGGGGCAUUUUCUCUCUUACUCAAAGCAAUAGGAGAGAACAGACCGCAACAUUUAAACACAGCUAACAAUGUCGCUGAGUUUCAUAAACAAGCGAGCGUUCUUUCCAGUGUAUUUUUAACGUGGAAAAAAUAUUGCGAUUCACUUCCCAAAAACAACACUUUUCCGAACUUUUUAAAUCUUGCCAAGUUAAAUUCGAACACAUUCGCUGGGCCAAUAAAUGAUACCUCAUGAACUUUUUAUGCGCAGUAUUUAUUAUGAUGUUCCCAACUGUUUUUAUAUUGUCAAUGUGCCGGUAACUUGUGAGUAAUAAAAAUAACUAAGAUCAUCUACAUGAACUUAGAAUUAUAAUUUGGAUAAAUUGGUCGCAUAAAAAACACGACAAUAUUUUGCGAAGACAAUUACCCCGCACAUACAGAAUAAAUGCUACGAUUCGACACAACGGAAUAGGCGUCUUUCGCAGAAAACCUAAUCUCCAAAUUACCACUUUUGCCAUAACUCCCGAACUCUGAACCAUAUUCUUUCCAAACAAAGAUGUCACUAAUUGCUACAAUACAUAGGCCUCAAAUCAGAGCUGAGCUACUGCGAGGAAAAUUAGAACAUGCAGGGUUUCAUGUAGUAAUCAUAUAGGUGAAAGUGAAUAAAAUUGAAG